GCCAAAAACCUAUCGAUUUUAUUUCGUUGUGCGCCUUUUUGCUCCAACUUUCAUACGAAAUUAAUGUACAGAAAUGCAACGCGGUAUAGACUCGUUCUUCAAGCGGGUUCCCAGCAAGAAAACCAGCGACGAAAAUGCAACAUCGCCGCCAACGCCGGCACCUCGCAAACGAAAGGCCCUCGUCAUAUCCAGUGAUGAGGACGAAGUGCCCGCCAGUCCGCAGAUAAGCAAGCACGGUAAGGAGCUAAAGAAAUCUCGGCGUACACACGACGCCCAAGACAAUGGACACGCCACCAAGAAGCCCUCGCUGUCCAAGUUGAAAGAGCAGCCCAAGCAGCUGAAGAAGGUCAAUCCAUCUGAGUUGUUUGGCGGCGAGACUACGCGUAUAGAGGCGCCCAAGCCUAAAGAGCGUAGCCUCAUUGAAAUGGAAGACGAGGCCAUUGAUCGCAGUCUAAUGGAGGUGGAUGUGGAUGAGCCAAAUCCCAGUCCCGUGGCCAGCCACAAAAGGAGCAAGGCCAGCAGCCCAAAGCCUAAGGCUGAGGCCAAGACGCCCAAAACAGAGCUUAAGACGCCCAAGUCAAAGACGCCAAAACAGGAAAAACAUGCGGAUCUGGAGAGCAGCGUGCUGUCCGAUGAGGAGCGGCACGAGCGCAAGCGCAUGGCCGCCGCGCUUUAUCAGAAGUACAAGAAUCGCAGCAGCUGCCUAAAUCCGGGCAGCAAAGAGAUACCUAAAGGAUCGCCCGAUUGCUUGAAAGGAUUAACAUUCCUGGUCACUGGCAUACUGGAGUCAAUGGAGCGUGAUGAAGCCGCAUCGGUCAUUAAGGGAUUUGGUGGACGUGUCAUGACAGUCGUAGGCAAAAAACUCAACUACCUGGUGGUGGGCGAGGAGGCAGGUCCCAAAAAACUAGCCCAAGCCGAGGAGCAUAAUGUAACAAUACUCAGCGAGGAUGGCCUCUUUGACUUGAUACGGGAAAAGUCGGGCGAAAGUGUGAAAGCGACGAGUCCUGAGGUUAAACAGGAGAAGAAUAGCAGUCCGAAGAUAAAGAAAGAGCACGAGAAGAGCAGCUCAAAAGUUAAAAGGGAGCAUGAAGAUAAGAUAAGUCCGAAAAAUAAGAAAGAGCACGAGCAAAAGAGCAGCUCAAAGAUUAUGAAGGAACAGGACGAGAAGAUGGGCAGCUCGAAAGUGAAGCAGGAGCAUGAACAAAAGAGCAGCUCAAAGAUUAAAAAGGACUCGCACGAGUCGAACAACAACAGCUUCAAGCAGGAGCCAAGCAGUAACGACUUAAAGAUGAAGCGUGAACAAGGUUCCAGCGCACAGAUUAAAAAGGAACCCAACAACAAUGUGGAUGUGGUUAAACAAGAGGAUGACAGCAUGAAUAUGGCUUUGGUGGACAAGUACAAGCCCACUUCAAUCAAGGAGAUUGUGGGCCAGGCAGGACCGAGCAGCAAUGUAACCAAAUUGAUGAACUGGCUGUCCAAGUGGUAUGUGAAUCACGAUGGCACCAAGAAAACUCAGCGGCCCAAUCCGUGGGCCAAAAAUGAUGAUGGCAGCUUCUACAAGGCAGCUCUACUCUCAGGUCCGCCGGGUAUAGGCAAAACAACAACGGCGACACUGGUGACCAAGGAGCUGGGCUUCGAUGCAGUGGAAUUCAAUGCCUCGGAUACGCGCAGCAAGCGUCUGCUCAAGGAGGAGGUGUCCAGCCUGUUGGGCAACAAGUCGCUAGCUGACUAUGCCAAUGGCAAGACGCAGGCGGUGUCCAAGAAGCAUGUGCUCAUCAUGGACGAGGUUGAUGGCAUGGCGGGCAAUGAAGAUCGCGGCGGCAUGCAGGAGCUGAUUGCCCUGAUCAAGGACAGCUCUGUGCCCAUCAUAUGCAUGUGCAAUGAUCGCAAUCAUCCCAAGAUACGCUCGCUGGUCAACUAUUGCUACGAUUUGCGCUUCCAGCGACCGCGCAUCGAACAGAUCAAGGGGCGCAUCAUGAGCAUAUGCUUCAAGGAGAAAAUCAAAAUGACACCAGCCAAGCUGGAGGAGAUUAUAGCCGCCACUAAUAAUGACAUAAGGCAGACCAUCAAUCACAUUGCGCUGCUCAGCGCGGGCGAGCAGCUACCAGAGAAAUGCUCCGCCAAUCAACAGGUAGCCUCCAAGGACUUGAAGCUGGGCCCUUGGGAGGUGGUGCGCAAGGUCUUCGCUGCCGACGAGCACAAGCACAUGACCAUCUAUGACAAAUGUGAUUUGUUCUUCCACGACUACAGCAUGGCACCGCUUUUUGUGCAGCAAAAUUAUCUUCAGGUGAUGCCGCAGGGCAAUCGUAAUGAGAUUCUCUCCAAGGUGGCAGCGACUGCGGAUGCACUCAGUCUGGGCGAUAUGGUGGAUAAGCGCAUACGCGCCAACUCCGCAUGGAGUCUGCUGCCGACGCAGGCCGUGUUUAGCUCUCUGCUGCCAGGCGAAUAUAUGUGCGGCAAUUUUACGGGUCAGAUAAAUUUUCCCGGCUGGCUGGGUAAGAAUUCGCGCAGUAACAAACGCUCACGUCUCGCCCAGGAGCUGCACGAUCACACGCGCACCUGCACCUCAGGCUCCAGGCAGUCCGUGCGUCUGGAAUAUGCCCCGCAUUUGCUAGCCAAUAUUGUGCGUCCAUUAGCUGAAGAUGGCCAGGAAGGCGUGCCCGCUGCGUUGCAGGUCAUGAAGGAUUAUCAUCUGCUGCGUGAGGAUUUGGAAUCGCUGAUCGAACUGUCCAGCUGGCCGGGCAAAAAGUCGCCAAUGGAUGCCGUAGAUGGGCGGGUCAAGGCGGCGCUUACACGCGCCUACAACAAGGAGGUGAUGGCGUAUUCCUAUUCGGCACAGGCCACCGUCAAGAAGAAGCGCGCCGAGGCUGCAGUCGAAGAGGAUGAGGCGGGUAUGCUAUAUGGCGAGGAGGAAGAUGGUGGCCAAAUAGCACACUCUAGCGAUGAUGAGGAUGACGACAAGCUCGAAUUGGAUGGGUUGAUCAAGGCCAAAAAGAAGCCGGCUGCAACAGCUAAAAAGUCAGGUGGAACAGGGGCAGCCAAACCCAGAGCAAAAGCCAAGAAAUAAAAAGUUCCUCACGUUGUUUAGUUAAGAUAUGCAGCCAUUAAGCGAUAUUUCUGCAUGAUUUUUUUUAUUCAUUUAUAAUUUAAACGCCCAAAAUCAGAUGUUACAAAAAAAAUUAUAU